AUGAAAGCGAUGCAGAAAAAAUAUAAUUUAAUGAAAAUAAUUUGUGAACAAAAAUUGAUAGGACCAGGAAUGUCUUCAAGAGCGAGAAGGCUCGUUGCUGUGGCUGUAAAUAAUGUCGUCCCAGAAAACUCAGAUAAUAUUGCUAAAAAUGCCGCUGAAGAAGAGGUGUUUUUGGAAACUAUCAAUACCCAACUGCACAAUGAUAAUGUGGAAUUCUAUGAAGUUGAUGAGGAAAGUAUACUAAGUCCAAUACCAGCACCUUCAGAUACAACAAACGGUAAUAAUAUUGAGAACGUCCAAGGUCUUCUUCUGCCAAUAGAAUAUUUCAAUGAACAAAUUAUUGAGGAAGCUAUCAAUAACAUCGGCGAUCAAGAAACUGAGGAGGAUAUUGUCAACAGAAUAGAAGAUAAUUUUGAACGAGCUGAAGUUGAAGAAGAAAUAAAGCUCAUAAGCAAAACAAAACGAACCAAGAAGAAUAAUGAGGCAAGCACAAGCAGAGAAUUAAGAGGGGAAGAAGAAACUGCUGAUUCACCUGAUCAAGAACAAGAAUCUAAUGAACCUGCAGAAUUACAUAACUUAAUCAAAAGAAAACGAGCCAGAAAACAUGAUGUAAACCCUUCCUCUUGGUUCCAAAAUAUUAAUAAAAUCAAUCGUGAAAAGGGCAUAGAAUACAGUGGUAAGAAGAAGCUGGAAAAUGAAUGGAAAUAUGAUAUCCCAAAACACAAAAAGAUAUUAAAAAACCCUUGUGAUUGCAGAAUCAAAAUAAUAUCAAAAAAGAUUCAAUGUAACAUUGCCACCGAAGAAUACAGACAGACUAUUUUUAAAUUAUUUUGGGAACAUAUGAACUGGCAAGAAAGAAAAGUUUACAUACAAACUCUUGUUCGGGUUGAACCCGUUAAAAGGAGACGUGGAACAAAUGAAAGUAGUAGAAGAAAUAGUUCAUUUAAGUAUUUUUUAAAAGCUGAUAAUUAG